AUGACUAUUGCGGAACAACAGCUCCAACUGCCUCUAGAGGCAGGGAUGGGUAGUCCCAAUUUAAUGUCUGCUGCCACGCCCUGUCAAGAUUGCACUAGUCCCUUCGAUCCUAUUCUUGGACAGAAGAGAAAGGGAAUCACGCUACCGAUCCCAAAACGAAUGGUUCAAGCAGAGCUUGUUCAAAAUGUAAUUCUUUCCUGGGCAGUGUUACAGGCACAGCAUGAGGGACAAAACCAGGUCAUGUUCAAUGCUCACAUCCCGGCGGACGUGUUCCUAUCGGCGAGCAAGAAAAUGGACGAAGAUCUAUCGCGUGAGUCGUCUGUUGUAGCUCUGGCUUUGGACUUGGAAAUUCUGCCAGAAAUGAUCACUUCAGAAGCUUUGCUUUAUCUUCAAGAGGAGAUCAGGUUGUCGAGUCAAAUGGAAGACGCAAAGCUCGAACGUUUCACAUCUGCCAAGACGGUCCUUUGGCUAGAUAAUGGAAAGAUUCCUAUCAGCAAAGCUACCAUAGUGGAACUGUGCAAACGUUAUAACUUUCUGGUUCUAUUUUCUUUCGGGGGUGAUUCAUGCCAACUCUGCGUUCUCCCCGGCACAAUACCGAAAUCCAACAUCGACCCGUCGCGGAUUGAGAAUCAAAUCGCCCAUAUAUUUCAGAAUAUUCUUGAUCAAGAAGAUUUACCCAUCCGUAACAUCAUGACGCUGAGCCCGUUGGAUUGGAAGGAACUUCUAGAUCGAAAUGCAAAGGUCCCGUCACGAGUAGAUGAAUGUGUGCACGACGUUAUUCGGCAACAGUGUCUCCAGCGACCGCGCGCACCGGCCGUUACCUCACACGAAGGACAGGUUACCUACCAGGAGCUUUUGAAUCUCGCUUCCCGUGUAGCCAAAGCCUUGCAAGACCGAGGAGUUGGUCCGGAGACGUUUGUGCCACUGUGUUUCCCCAAGACCUAUUGGGCAAUGAUAUCAGUACUUGGCGUGAUGAUGGCCGGGGGGGCCUUUGUACUCCUAGAGACAGCUUAUCCACUCCCACGUUUGAUGGAAAUAUGCCAGACAUUGGAGCCACGGGUCGUUCUCUGCAUCAGAAGUACCUCUGAUCUAGCUCAGCAUUUGGCCCCAGAUGUGCUGAUACUAGACAACGAGGAAAGCCUGCCUUCGGACACAGAAGCAACCUCGUUUCACGCUCCUUCUGUGAGUCCAUCAAAUGCUAUCUACGCAGCUUUCACAUCUGGAUCGACUGGGAGUCCAAAAGGUGUCGUCAUUCAGCAUCUCGCGUAUUCUAGCGCAGCCCGGACUCAUAUCGAGAAAUUUCACAUGAAUACACAGUCUCGAGUUCUGCAGUUUGCCUCAUACGCAUUUGAUAUAGCUCUGCUCAAGAUACUCAGCACAUUGAUGGUUGGCGGCUGUUUGUGCGUACUGGGAGACGCGCAACGGACGGAUUCGUUUGUGGAGUCGGCUCGGGCUAUGCGUCCAUCCCAUGCCUUUUUAACCCCAUCCUUUAUCCGAACACUGACACCGGAGGAUUUUAAUCUAAUCGGCAUCCACACACUCGUUCUCAUCGGCGAAAAGGUCACCUCUACGCACUUGAUGUCCUGUCCCAAGGAGGUGCGGGUGAUCAACGGGUAUGGUCCGGCUGAAUGUACGCCCAUCACGACAAUCUAUCCCAAUCUCCGAGAGGCUGCCGAUCCAUCAAAUGUUGGCUGGUCACAGUGCUCUGCUUGUUGGAUUGUUGAUCCUCGGGAUCAUAAUCGAUUGGCCCCAAUUGGGGCCAUUGGAGAGCUGCUCAUCGAGGGUUGGAAUGUUGGACGAGGAUACUUGAAAGACGUGGCUAAAACGGAGGCCGCAUUUAUCACCUCUCCCAAGUGGCUUGUUUCCAUACGAGGUCCAGGUAACACGUUGCCUCUCUAUAAAACAGGUGAUUUGGUGCAACAACUACCGGACGGAUCCCUAUUGUGUGUCGGCAGAAAGGGAACCCAGGUGAAACUUCGUGGCCAGAGACUAGAGUUAUCAGAAGUCGAAACGCAUUGUCGACACCAUUUUCCACAAGCUAUUGAGCUCGUGGCUGAUGUGACAAGCAUUGAUGGAAACUCUGAGAAUGCCUUUCUCGUACUUGUGGUGGUGAUACGGACCAAAUUCAAUCGCGACGAUGUUAUCCUACCACCAACCGAUGACUUUGUCGAAUUGGCACACUCAGCCAAGAAGGAACUCAAACGCACUCUCCCAAGCUACAUGGUGCCGACCAUCAUUUUGCCCUCUGCGGGGCUCCCUAAGAACGUUAGCAAAAAGAUGGAUCGGCAGCAGCUGCGACGGUGUAUCGCAAGACUAUCGCAACAUGAAUUCAGGGGCUACCAAUUGUUCACUUCAUCGAGUUCAAGCUCUGGUAUCCUCUAUGGUAUAGAAGGGACUUUGCAAGAUAUAUGGUCCAGGGAGCUCCAUAUCGCACGGGAACUUAUUGGACCAAACGACAAUUUCUUCAUCCUGGGUGGUAAUUCCAUCUCUGCCAUGAGAGUGGCUUCAACCGCUCGAUCCCAUAACCUAUCACUGGUGGCAUCAGACCUUCUAUCCUAUCCCACAUUAUCAUCUCUUGCCAGAUAUGCCAGUCCGGUCCAGGAAAUCGUAUUUGACAGAACACCAUUUUCCCUGCUGAAGGCAUCGGUUAUUUGCCUGGAUCAUUUCUACGCCGAGCUACGUGCGAACGGUGUUAUUCCCAAUCGUGCCAAGGUCGUGGAUGCAGCACCUUUGACUAAUUAUCAGGGCGAAAUGCUGGACACCAAUGGACUGGACAGCUUCAUGUUCAUCUAUCAUGGAACAGUAAAUCAAGAAAGACUAAGAGAGGCGUGCCAGACAGUAUGGAAUCUUUAUCCAAUGCUCAGGACGGUGUUUGUUCCCAUGGGGAAUAUAUUUGUUCAAAUUGUUAUUUCCGAUGUUGACCUUCCCUUCCACACUAUCGAGACAAACGAGGAUGUGGAAUCGGUGACCAAAUCCCACGCCAAGGAAUUAUGUCAACGAUCCUCUCUUGGGCAUCUUGGUGUAUCAUUCACCCUUGUAUCAGCCCCGGAUCGUGUGCAGCAUGGAUUUAUUAUCACACUAUCCCACCUUCAGUAUGAUGGCAUCUCGAUGCACUUUAUCGCCAACGAUAUCUCAAUGGCCUAUUGUGGACAGACCCCAGCUCCUCGCCUGAAUUAUAUCGACUACCUGUAUUUCCGCGCCCAGUAUCGUCUCGAUCAUGCUUUCUCAUCUUGGAAGGAAUAUCUACAAGACGCGCCAGUCAACCGCCUUCUCGAGAAAUAUCAUGUGGAGGACCCCAAUCCUCCAAUGGGCAUGGCAUGGUGCCCCACUCAGCAGGAGACUAUUCGCAUACCUUCCUACUCAAAGGAGCUCACCCUGGCCACACUAGUUCGUGCAGCGUGGUCUAUUGCUCUGGGUGAACGCUACCGGGAAUCGGACAUUUUGUUUCAACAAACAGUCCAUGGCCGGGAUUCUCCUCUCACCAAUGUGGACCAGAUUUUCGGCCCAUGCAUCAACAAGAUCCCAUUCCGCAUCAUUAUCGAUCCAAGCAAGACCGUACAGCAAUUUCUUACUGAGGUACAGGAUCAGCAAGCCAAGGCUCUACGAUACGACUAUUUAGACAUGCCCGACAUCCUCCAGCGGUGUACAUCAUGGCCAGCAGAUACCCGCAUGGCGUGGCAUUUGCUGCAUCAAAAUUUCGAUGCGGCAUGGAAGUGUCCUUUAGACGGCGUGGAUGCUCAAGGACAGGAGAUCUUUGAUGGCCAUCCUCCCAAGUCUGAGUCUGGCCUAGGUAUCUGCACGGUGGAGGGAAACAGCCUGCAUCUGGUGGUGGUCGAGAUUAGUACGCCAGACAAUGUGGGUCCACCUCGAGCGUUAGUGCGGCGGUGGGCGAAGCUGGUGGACGUGCUCUCCGUCUCUUUGCAUAUUCCGCUGCAGAAAUUGGUCUCGAUUUGA